CAAGCACGACAAGUCUGGAGAGUCUGCUGUUUUUCAUUCUGGAUUGUUUGCGCCUUUGUGACCGUGCAAAUUCAAACCUCCCUGAGGUAUUCACAUGGUAGAAACAAUGUUUUUAUGCAACACGAGUGCCAUAAAGGACUGGAGCUAUUUUCUGUCUCAGAUUUUGCCUCUGAUGAAUAAAACUACAGGCUUGGUAAACAUCGACAAAGCGGAGGAUGUGACGACCACCAUGGUGACAGCUCUGCAGCCGGACGGCGCCAUGAGCGCAAGUAACCCGCCGCUCAACUCCAACCAUACCUCGGGCAUGGAGCACGUCUUUCAGUACUCUUAUUCCGAGAGUGACCUGCUGUACACGGACUACCGCACACCUGCACGAGACUCCAUCCCGCUGCCGAAAGCGGUUCUCUACCUGGUCAUGGCUGCGCUGGUGGUGGUGGCGGUGGCGUAUGCGAUAGUUGGGCACCUGGUCAAAGAUGUGGUAAAUGAGUUUGUCGGUGGAGGCAGGUCGAUGGUUGCUGAAGGGGACGGUGGUGAAAGCAGUGGACCAGACUUGGUGUUUGGCUCUCGUCGAGUUAGCAGCCGCAACAAGACAGAGAUCAACUGUAUCAGCAGCAACAUGAACGAGAUGAGCGAGUUGGGCGAGAGGCCCCGUCUGGUGGAGAUGGGCUACAUAUCCCUGAACCACACUAACUGCCUGAGCUCCGUCAGACCGGAGGAGACAGUGGUCACUAUAGACGAGACGUUACAGCAGCGACCUCCGGACACUCCCUCUGGGACUUAACCUGGGACCUUCUCACCUUUACCGGAGGGGAAAAUAAAGCAGCCAGUUAGCCUGCUUUUCUUGUGCAAGUGGAUUUACAAGUCUGUCAUGAAUCAAAGCUCUAUCCACUCUUUUCUCACCUGUAGGUGGGCUGUAAUACCUGCAACUUUGGAGCCAGAAGGGACUUUGAAUUGUCGGCCAUUGCUGGAACAUUAGAGGCAUCGGAUGCUGAUGUUUGUAUCUGAUGGGACUGCUUUCUGCGGAGGUGACGAGAGAGGACGGCCACAGCUGUUUUUGGACAAGCAGGCAGAAAAAACAAGUGUUUUUUUUGUUGUCAUUUUUGUUCUCAUCGUGCUGUCCCUUUUUUCAAGUGACACCCUUGUGAAAAUACCAGUCUCGUACCGCAACACAUGCACUUAACUUUAACCACAAACAGUAUGUAAUCACUCUAAAUAUAGAAUACACGCCGGUCAGUGCUUAUUGUAAUGUUGCCGCUAUAGCACGGUUAAAAACAUCGCCUUCAUAAAAACAAUCACAUCAGCAAAGUUUUUUAUUUCCCUGGUUGCUGUGAGACACUCAAAGAUGUUUUUCGUAAUUAUUGUAAAGUUUGUACCAAGCACCUCUAAUGACACCGGGAAGGCUACAAAUGUUCUUUUUUUUUUUUUUUUUGUUCACACAACCUGUUGAUAAAAUGAAAUGUAUUUUGUAGUUUCAUGUUAUUAGCUUGACGUGAACGAGCGCUAAAUCACCUUUAACAGCUAUGACUGCAAAAAAUGAAACACAAAAGUAUCAAAGCCAUUGUUGUUAGGCCUAUAUAUACAUAUAUAUAAAAAAAGUCAAGCUGAGUAAUUUCAGUGAUCAAAGACGUAUGAUUUCUGUCUAAACAUGGCACCACCUUUGAAGCAAAAAGUGUUCAUUGUUUGUUGAUCCUUGUAAUAUUUAAUAUUUCUUGUGUAAUGGCUUAAUGUCAAAGCCUUUGUUUACCUUUCUUACAGCACUGUUAAGGGCUAUGGACCACUGCUGAUGAUUCUCAAAGCUACAACUAAUGGGGCUUAUUGUGUGUGCAUGCUGGGAUCGCUAUACUCUGCACACGGGCAACUUCUGUAAACUGUGUUUGGGAAGAUUUUCUGAACUGCAGCUGAGAUAGAAUGAAGGGUGGAGAGGAUGAUUACAUUCUUUACGGCAUCUGAAAACUGACUGAAAUAUCAUUCUGUCAACUUCACACUGACAUACAUUUACUGAUUGAUCUUUUUAGUUUCAAAGUAAAUAGACAUUUUGGUAACACUUGAUUAUAACCACUC